AUGGGAAUCACAGUGACGUUAUCGAAACCACAUCGUCGAUUGUACAGCCUAUCCACAGACAAAGAGGACGACACCGUCAAGUUCUCACGACAAAUCGACAUGUUCUUCGACAGAGCCGCUGGUUUACUGGAGGCCACACUUGUAGAUAAUCUCAGACAGCAGAUACCGGGUGCAUGGUCUGUAGAGGAAACUGAGAGAAAGGUUCGAGGUGUUUUAUCGGUGAUCAAGCCGUGUUCUCACGUUCUGUCCCUGACCUUCCCCAUCCGCCGUGACUCAGGUCUUGUGGAACUCGUGUCUGCCUACAGGGCUCAACACAAGCAGCACAGGACACCCAAUAAAGGGGGAAUUCGGUACAGCCCUGACGUCGACUAUGACGAGGUCACAGCGUUGGCGUCACUGAUGACCUACAAAUGUGCUUUGGUAAACGUACCCUUCGGCGGGGCUAAAACUGGCGUUAAAAUUGACCCAAGGAAAUAUUCAGAAGACGAACUAGAACGCAUCACUCGUCGCCUGGCCAUGGAGCUGGGCAAGAAAGGUUUCCUACACCCAGGGAUAGAUGUACCAGCCCCAGAUAUGGGCACGGGGGAAAGAGAAAUGAGCUGGAUUGCCGACACCUAUGCGUCGACUUUAGGCUACGCAGACAUCAAUGCCAGGGCCUGCGUCACCGGAAAACCCAUCAGCCAGGGUGGCAUUCAAGGUCGAAUAUCUGCCACAGGGCGUGGCUUGUAUUUUGGAGUGAAAAUUUUUAUCAUGGAUGCAAACUUCAUGGAAUCUAUAGGUUUGACCCCUGGCUUUCACCAGAAAACCUUCAUUGUGCAGGGCUUUGGGAACGUCGGUUUCCAUUCAAUGCUGUAUCUUCACAUGGCCGGGGCCAAGUGUGUAGGUGUGGCAGAGUGGGACGGCAGCAUUUAUAACCCACAUGGCAUAGAUCCGGUGACACUUCAAGAGUAUCAGAAACUACACGGAACCAUCAUGGGCUUUCCGGGCGCCUGCACGUACGAGGGUAACCUGUUGUGCAAGCAAUGCGAUAUUCUAAUACCGGCGGCCAGCGAGAGGCAGAUCACAGCCAGACUAGCUCCACACAUCCAGGCUAAAAUUGUGGUGGAGGGCGCCAACGGACCGACAACGCCAGCAGCAGAGCGGAUAUUGCUGGAGCGAAACGUAUUGGUGAUUCCAGACGUCUACGUCAAUGCUGGCGGCGUCACCGUCUCCUAUUUUGAGUGGCUGAAAAAUAUCAACCAUGUCAGCUACGGCCGCCUGACUUUCAAGUAUGAACGGGAUGCGAACUACCAUCUCCUCAACAGUGUUCAGAGAUCCAUCAACAGCUGGAUGAGUGACGAGAAAAUGCAAGGGCAGAUCAACAUUACACCAAGCGACGAGUUUAAAGCUCGCAUUGCAGGAGCUUCUGAGAAAGAUAUUGUUGACUCUGGUCUGGAGCAAACGAUGGACCGAGCUGCUGAACAGAUGAUCAGGGCAUCACGUAGAUAUAAACUCGGCCUAGACCUUCGCACAGCGGCCUACAUCGUUGCCAUUGAGAAGAUCUACAGCUUCUACAAGGACUGUGGCUCGACUUUCUUUUAA